AUGAAGAUUGCAAUGCAGGCGGAACGAUCGCGACUUCUGUCAUUACGGUCAGAACUGCUUCGCGUGCCGCCACCAACCCCGAACCACCCCAACGUCGUCUCUGCCGUAGGGUAUGAAACGGCGUAUCCCUUUCAACGCCUGGCUACUUGUGUGACUCGGCGGAGCAAGUACGGCGAGCCCCGUCUGGUGGUUCUUCGGUUUCUUCCUUCUACGGUCAUGGGCUCUGACUUCACAACGGAACGAACACCGGUCCAUGGUAUCCUCCCCUCGAAAGGUUCUGUGACUGACAAACUGGAUGACAUCUUUGACACGUUGAAGACGAUGCAGGCUCCGUUCCUUCCGAUGAGCCACAAUAUACCGGUGCACAUGGUGGGAACGAGACCUUUGGUGAUGGAGACGGCACCCACCGCUACGAGUGGCCAUUGCGAUGGCGGUGACGGGAACGAUCCGCGCCUGUAUGGAGAAGGCGUCUAUGGCUCGGUGGAUACAGUGGAGGCGGUGGACCAGGAGGAAAUGGUGGUCAUAGCGGUAGUGAUCCGGCUCCAUCGACAUUCGUUGGUGGCCAAUGCCCGCAAGCAACCGCUGAAGCUUGAAAGUGUGGACAAUCUGCAAUUGGACCAUUUCUUGGAACAUCUCGACGACAUCCAGAUUGAGUUCGAGCUGACGUAUAUCGAGCUCAUCCGCAUCUUGAGCUCGAACCGGACUUGGCGCAGCACACGAUGCAAAUUUUACAAGGAGUUUGUACAGAAGAGCAUGAGCGUGAAGAUGGCCGAAAUCACGCAGAACAGUGCCCUCAAGGCGAAAGAAACCGUCCGGAAAUACGCAUGGCGUAUCAACAAUGCCGCCCAAGAUCUCGAGUUGCGACAUUCUCAAGCAGUGCAGAUCUUCAACGAAGGUUGCAAGGACACUGGCGUGGCCUCGUGCAUCCGUGGGUCGGAGACGCGACCGCAUACGAUUCAGGAGUGCCUGGACUACCUUCGUUUUGGACCUUGA